CCCCGUCUCAUCCCAUCCCACCCCAUCCCAUCCCACCCCAUCCCGAGCGGAGCCCGACGGCGGGAGGUGGCCCCCGGUGGCGGCAGCGUGCGGAGCGGGGAGAAGGCAAGAGCUCGCGUGGCGCCGCGGAAAUGGCUGUUGCGGAGGUUGCCGUGUUCCCGCCCGCCAACCUCACCUCCAGCAACCAGAGCAGCUGCAACGUGCACAACCACCACUUCUCCGCCAAAGUCACCUUCUCCCUCUUUUACACCGCCCUGCUGGUGUUCGGCGCCUGCGGGAACGUCCUGGCCCUCUGCAUCACCUUCCAGCGCAGGAAGAAGAAGCUCAACUCCACCGAUCUCUACCUGGUCAACCUGGCCCUCUCCGAUGCCCUCUUCACCCUGGCGCUGCCGGGCAGGAUCGCCUACUACAUCCUGGAGUUUGACUGGCCCUUCGGGGACUGGUUCUGCAGGGCCACAGCCUUCAUUUUCUACAUGAACACCUACGUGGGCAUCUACUUCAUGACCUGCGUGAGCGUGGACCGCUACAUCGCCGUGGUGCGCACCAGGCAUCCCGGCAGGAUCCGGAAGAUGAGCCGUGCCAGGGGCGUCUGCAUCCUCAUCUGGUCCUUGGUGUUCCUACAGACGGCGCCGCUGCUCCUGCGGCCCAUGACGCGGAGGAUGGGGGACAAGCUGACGUGCAUGGAGUACUUCAACUUUGAGGAGAUUCCCAAACUGCCCUACCUGCUCCUGGGAGCCUGCGUGCUCGGCUUCUUCCUGCCUGUGGGCAUCAUCUUGGUGUGUUACGUGAGGAUCAACCUCAAGCUUUGCCAGACGGCCAAAGAGAACCCGCUGACUGUGAAGAACGGGCACCACCGCCGGGCUUUCACUGUCAUCCUGGUGGUGCUGCUGGCCGUCCUUCUCUGCUUCAGCCCCUACCACCUCAACAUCGUCCAGUUCAUGGUCAGGAAGAUCCUCUACCAGCCAUCCUGCCGCGAGCAGCAAGCCUUCAAGAUGUCCCUGCAAGUCACCGUGGCAUUCAUGAACCUCAACUGCUGCAUUGACCCCAUCAUCUACUUCUUUGCCUUCCGGGGGUACAAGCGGAGGCUGCUCCGCAUCUUCAGGAACAGCGGCUCCAUGGCCACCUCUUCCACUGCCAAGACCCCUUCCGAGAGCAACAGCAACAGCCAGCCCCCUGGCUCUGUCUCUGUCUAG